AAAUUCGCAUAAAAAGCGUCCAUCGUUACAAGGCAGGCAGACAGAAUCGUGCAGCCAAGCAGCCGCACCAUGAAGUCCACAAGCUUGACUGCAGUGGUCCUCAGCCUGCUAAGCCAGCAAGUCAUCGCAAGCUGGUAUGGAAAAGGCUACUACGGCGUUGGGAAUGGCUUCGGUAGCGGCUUCGGAGGCGGAUACGGCAGCAGAUAUGGAAGCGGAAGCGGACUAAGCGGCUUCGGGAGCGGCUUCGGUAGCGGCUUCGGUAGCGGAUACGGCAGCGGAUUAGGCAGUGGAUUUGGAAGUGGAAGUUGGCUGAGCGGUGUCGGAGGCGGCCUCGGAGGUGUAUACGGUAUCGGAAAUGGACUGAGUGGAUUCGGUGGAAACGGUGGCUUGUGGGGUUACGGCUAUGGCAGCCCGAGGGCCAUUCUUUACCCCAUUGUUUUGCCAAGCGGAAGCGGCAGCUUGUGGGGACCUAACGGUGGCUGGUACGGAAACAGCCCUGUCGGGUACUGGGGGCCUUCGAGUUCUCCAUACAGCGUAUGGUUUUCCGGACCAUCUGGUGUUAGUCAACCUGGCGCUGGACUGUGGGGUCCCCGCAUGGUAGGUUCACCUGCCACCUGGUACACGUGGGGCAAUCUCGGUGGCCAAAGUCCUUCGGGUGGGCUCUACAGAAUGCCGUUGCUUGGAGGAACCGGAGACCUCGGCGGAGUCGGGCCAAGCGUGUACGAUGACAUUUACGACGACAGCACUUCUGUAGGCAGCUUUAGUCCAUCCAGUUGGAGCAGCCGAAAUGGCGGUUCUGGAUUUCCGAGAAGCCCAAGCAGCUUCAGCAGCUUCAGCAGCCUCAGUGGUAGCAGGGCUCCACAAAGCGGUAUUGGCGGCAGUUUCAGCCUCUUUGGUGACGACACCGACAGCUAUAACGGUCUGAGCAGCGGAAGUGAUAGUUACGGCAGUGUGAGCAGUCUGCCCAGUUUUGUUCAACUGGGAGGACUAAGUGGAUAUGGCGGCAUGAGUUACUAUAGCAGUCCCUACAUGAGAAUGCUGUGCCGCGUCACUGGUCUCUCGCCAAGUAGACUGCAGCGCCUUUACAGGAAGUACAGAAGAAGCGGCGUCAGAUCCAGCUUUUUGACUUACCUGAGGCGAAGGGGCUACCUCGGCGGCUACUAUGGUGGGUUCCCCUUUGGUUUUACACAAGGUAGUGGAAGCCAGCCAGGAAGUGGUGGAAGUUUCUUCAGCUGGGGUUCACAGCCGAGUUACUACUACAGCUGGGGAGCUCCCGGAGGAAGCUAUGGUGGAAGCUCUAACGGUGGAUUCGGUGGAUCUUCAAAUGGUGGAUAUUCUAUCUACCCGUCAGGAAGAGCCUCUAGUGGCAGCAACUAUUGGAGUUCAGGAAGUUCAGGCAGUGUUUUGCCACAGGGUGCGCAAACACAAAUGAAAGUGCUGUUGUAAUAAGGAUGAAUGCAACAGUUCAGAGCUAACUCGAAAGCUGCAUACGAUAUGUCGUGUCACUUGCUUAUUUGGCUACCGUGCAUUCUCGUUUGAAAAUAAAAUUCACUGUUAUGUUCAUGGAAAA